AUGGGCAAAGGCACUGGGGAAGAUUCCCUGGAACAACCGAUGGCGGCACCUGAAGACUCUGGGGUCAGGGUCUUCACGUAUAUCCGGGAGUUCACGGCUGGAGCGGCUACGCUGCUGCAGGAGAUACCGGCAGUGGGUAUCGCCUGCAAGACGUAUCUGGCCUUCGAGGACCUAGUGCAAACGGCGACCUCUAACAAGCUCGAAUUGGCUGUGCUCGGAGAGUUAGUCGAUUUGAUUUUGCAACGGUACGUGAAACGAUGGGCGGAAAGGGAGCACCAAGGUCGUCUGCGCGAAGAAGUAAUUUCGCUUGAAAAACAUCUCAAGAGCGCUGAGGGCGUCGCCGGUCUGUGCAACGGGAGGGGGCUGAAACGGCUCAAGCAGCUCGCCCUUUGCCGGAGGAUAUGCAACGAAAUUGAAUCGGUCAGGAAGAAGGUCCUGCAUUUCUGCACGAUAAACAACCUCGUUCUCACGAGUGAGCUCCAUAGGAACACCGAAACGAAAGCGGAAGACAACUGA